CGAUUUUUUGGAAACUUUGAACUAAUGCAAGUAGUAGUAGCUAAUAAGAAAAAGAGAGCGAGUCGUUGGCUCCUUUUCCCACCUCAAUUCCGCUUCCUAUAAAUAUACACACAAAUCACUCCCACUACACAAUCAAUUCCUCGCUCUCUGCUCUCACUUCUUCUUUGUGUUCUCAGAUCUAAGAGUUUGUUUCUUCUUCAAGGGCAGACAUGGAAACUUUCUUGUUCACCUCAGAAUCAGUCAAUGAAGGCCAUCCCGACAAGCUCUGUGAUCAAGUUUCAGAUGCCAUUCUUGAUGCUUGCCUUGCUCAAGAUCCAGAGAGCAAGGUUGCAUGUGAAACCUGCACAAAGACAAACAUGGUCAUGGUCUUUGGUGAGAUCACAACCAAAGCCAAUGUAGACUAUGAGAAGAUAGUACGUGAUACUUGCAGAGGCAUUGGGUUCACCUCACCUGAUGUCGGCCUUGAUGCUGACAACUGCAAGGUUCUUGUCAAUAUUGAGCAACAGAGCCCUGACAUUGCCCAAGGAGUUCAUGGUCAUCUUACAAAGAAACCAGAGGAAAUUGGAGCUGGUGACCAAGGUCACAUGUUUGGCUAUGCCACCGAUGAAACUCCUGAGCUCAUGCCCCUUACUCAUGUUUUGGCUACUCAGCUUGGUGCCAAGCUUACUGAAGUGAGGAAGAACAAGACUUGCCCAUGGCUCAGACCAGAUGGCAAGACACAAGUUACAGUUGAGUACAAGAAUGAGAAUGGUGCCAUGGUUCCUAUUAGAGUUCACACCGUUCUCAUCUCAACUCAACAUGAUGAAACUGUCACAAAUGAGCAGAUUGCCCAGGACUUGAAAGAGCAUGUGAUCAAGCCCGUGAUCCCAGCUAAGUACCUUGAUGAGAAAACCAUCUUCCACCUCAACCCAUCAGGUCGCUUUGUGAUUGGUGGUCCACAUGGAGAUGCUGGACUCACUGGCAGGAAAAUCAUCAUUGACACUUAUGGAGGAUGGGGCGCUCAUGGUGGAGGUGCUUUCUCAGGGAAGGAUCCUACUAAGGUGGACAGAAGUGGUGCUUAUAUUGUUAGACAGGCAGCAAAGAGUGUGGUUGCUGCAGGACUUGCUCGCCGCUGUAUUGUCCAGGUUUCUUAUGCAAUUGGUGUGGCAGAACCGCUCUCCGUGUUUGUUGACACUUACAAAACCGGAACCAUUCCAGACAAGGAUAUUUUGGCUCUGAUCAAGGAGAACUUUGACUUCAGGCCUGGAAUGAUUGCAAUUAAUCUUGACUUGAAGAGAGGAGGUAACUUCAGGUACCAGAAGACUGCUGCUUAUGGUCACUUCGGCCGUGAUGACCCUGAUUUCACCUGGGAAACUGUCAAGGCCCUCAAGCCUAAAGCUUAAACAAGUUUACUCUCAAUUUUUCAGCCGAUUAAAUUUCUCAUGGUCAUUAUUCUUGUGGAAAAACCAAUAAUCAAGCUUCAUAGCAUACAUUCGAUAUCCAAAAUAUACUUUCAGGCUCCAUCGAGCAGUGGGAGAAAGGGACUUCAAGCAUUCUGAGAUUUCUUAGUAGUUGGUCCUUUUGAAUUAUUUUUUAGGUGCAAGUAUCAGUGAUUUUGAGUGUCCAUUGUUCCAUUCGAUUACUUGAACAAGCUGAUACGAACCACCUCUUCUGUUUGAUAUUAAAUGUCGGUGUUCAUUUAUCUAAUGGAAAUUGCAGUCAGUUAAUCUUUUGA